GUUACUUUUGUUAAAAUCUUUUGUAAAGGACCUGGUGUAAUUGACACUAUUACAAAUGAUCCCAGCUGUAGUGAUGUUUGUUCGCUGUUUUCAUAUUGUGACUGAAAUUAUGCAAGGUGAUGGAACCAUCGCAGGGUGUUUUGCGGUUUUCGGCGGAUAUUUAAUCCACUUGUCCUAUGGUUAUUUAUAUUCCUUAACAAAUAUGGUACCAUACAUAAUGGGAUAUCUGAUAACUUUCAUUGACCCACAUAUAUGCGUUCAAACAUCCGUUUGGUUUUCUGCAGUUACUUUUGCUGUUUAUGGCAUCUUUAUGCCACUUGGCGGAUUUCUCUCGCGUAAAAUUGGUUAUCGACCUGUUCUAGCUCUCAGUUGUUUGUUUCUCAGUGGAGGUGUUUUAUUAUCUUACUUUACGAUAGAAAAGACGUACGUUGGAGUUAUUUUGACCUAUUCUUUCCUGUUUGGUACAGGUGUUGGAUUAGGCUUUUCAGUAACUUUGGCCGUUGCUGCAACAUGGUUUCCUGAACAUAGAGGCUUUGUGGUUGGACUGGUGGUUAGUGGAUAUGGUAUGGGAUCAUUGGUGUUCAGUCCUAUCCAAACAUUUUUGAUAAACCCAAACAAUGUCCCAGUUAACAAUGUGACAAGACAGUUUGAUGAUCCUGAAAUACUUAACAGACUGCCACAUAUAUUUCUUGUUAUUGGGGCUAUUCUAUCAGUUACUCAGAUCAUUGGUCUGAUCUUACUGCGUUCAAAGCCUAAAUGGAAUUGUGAAGAUGAUAAAAUUGAAAUCUUGGACGACAGUGGGUCUUCAGAUUGUGAAAUUAUGGAUGACGAGGUAAAAUUUUCAAAUUGUUCAAAUGCAGUGGACAUAACACCUAGUCGAUUGUUUCGUCAUAUCGACUUCUACCUUUUAUGGUUGAUCGAACUUUGUAACAGCAUACCGCUUACACUUUUAACUUCUUCCUAUAAAUUAUUUGGUCAGUCGUUUAUCAGUGACGAUAAGUACUUAACAAUUAUAGUUACAAUGACUGCUGUUUUCAAUGCCAGUGGCCGUAUUUUAUGGGGAACAAUUGUAGACCAAUUUUCAUAUAAGAUUCCAUUUUGUAUAAUAAGCCUGAUGUGGGCCAUCCUUCUUUUGACGUUCCCUUACAUCAGUCUGACGGAUGGAUUGACAGCGAAAAUACUUUAUUGUAUUUGGGGUAUUGGAGGUUUUCUUUUCUUAAGCAGUGUAUCAACAGUGGCUCCAGCAGCCAUAGGGUCGAUGUUCGGAUGCACAAACAUGGCUAUCAACUACGGGAUAAUAGCAUGUGCACGGCUGAUUUCACCGGGUACUGGUUGGACUGUAUGAUCUGUUCUCUCGAAGCUAAUUUUUCAAAGGAAUUCUAUCUUUCGACUUCUUAAUUUGAUAUAUUGUUUUAAAUUAUGUAAUUGAAGGCGGUUGAACCUAUCGAUCUACAACUUUGAGUACAUUAUUCACGCAGCUAGACUACAAAGUAAUGAGCCGUAAAGAUAACUCAACUCGCAUACCUACAGCCGGAACAACUGAAUCAACGAGGAAUAGUAAUUAUUUUUAAACUGUAGAUUACUAACGUUACUAUUUUUUACAAACAUUAUUGAAUAUAAUAUAGCUGAUAUUAACAGUUUUUAAAACAUGGUACAUACUAAACAUAUAAGGACAAGUCGAUGUCGGCCCGAAAUGUCUGUUCCGCUUUUACUGUUGUUUUAUCAUACCA